CUAAGGCAUUGUUUCCUCUUUUCUCGAAUGGGUGAAGGCAUUGUUUAGCCAAAAUAAUGAGGAAGAAUGCUGCAAGUUUAUUACUGUCUGCUGGAGCAUUUGGCAGGCCCGGAAUGACAAGGUCUGGCAGCAUAUUAACAGAAAAGCUAAAGAUAUAAUUAUUCAUGGUGAGGCUAUGCUUGGUGGUUGGCGGGCUGCUCAGCGACCGGUACUCACUGGAAGUAUCAACAGACAAAUUGGGGGUGAACGUUGGAUACGGCCAGAUUCGGGAUGGAUUAAAUUUAACACCGACGCAGCAGUCUGCAACACAAAUGGACAAAGGGGAUUUGGAUGGAUAGCUAGGAAUGCAAAUGGUCAAUUUUUAGCUUGUGCUUCAUAUCCAUGGCCUGGAAUCUGCUCGGUCAAAGAGCUAGAGGCUUUAGCGGUCCGGGAGGCUUUGAUAUGGUUAAUAUCACAAGAAUGGGAGAAAAUUGUAGUGGAAACGGAUGCGCUUCAAGUGGUUUCUAGUUUAGCCGAAGAACCUGGAAACUCUUAUUUUGAUCUCAUUUUGGAUGAUAUUAGAGUCAUGAUCGCGUCUAACGUGAAUAUUAAGGUCUCACAUGUAAAACGAUCAGCGAAUCGUGUAGCUCAUAAGCUUGCUAGAGUUGCCGUUUCUUUGUCUGAUCGUAGAGUUUGGUUGGAUUUACCUCCUUCAAAUAUUGUAAGCCUUAUGGCUAAUGAUUUGCUUAUUUAAUCUAUGGAAUCUUUAUUUCAAAAAAAAAAAACUGACAACUAAG